AUGGUGCCGUUGGUGGAGAGCAUUUGCUUGGAUGUGGCAAAUGGUUAUUCAGAGAUGUUUAUCGACUACAUUCGAAAAGUUCGCGAGCACUUUCCGAGAUAUACGAUAAUGGCCGGCAAUGUGGUCACCUGUGAGAUGGUGGAAGAGCUGCUACUCUCAGGGGCGGAUAUUAUAAAGGUAGGAAUCGGUCCCGGAUCAGUAUGCACGACGAGAAAGAAGGCAGGAGUCGGCUACCCGCAACUGAGUGCGGUGCUCGAAUGUGCUGACGCUGCUCAUGGACUUGGUGGACAUGUUAUGAGCGACGGCGGAUGUACAAACCCCGGAGACGUGGCGAAAGCGUUCGGAGCAGGAGCAGAUUUCGUUAUGAUUGGCGGGUUACUUGCCGGUCACGAUCAAAGCGGUGGAGAAAUUAUAGAGCAGAACGGAAGG